GGAUGGGAAGUGGCGGCGGCUCCAAGUCCUCCUUCACGCCGUUUGUUGAUCCACGGGUCUACGGGACGUCCCCGACUGACGAUGACGAUAACAACUCCGCCUCAGCGCUGUUUGCUGACGAGCUGCUGAAGCAGGAGCAGGAGCAGGAGCAGGCCAGACUCAACGAGGCCAGAAAGAUCUCCGUGGUCAACGUCAACCCGACCAACAUCAGGCCGCACAGCGACACGCCCGAGAUCCGCAAAUACAAGAAACGCUUCAACUCUGAGAUCCUCUGCGCUGCGCUGUGGGGAGUCAACCUGCUGGUGGGGACGGAGAACGGCCUGAUGCUGCUGGACCGAAGCGGUCAGGGCAAAGUUUACAACCUGAUCAACCGACGGCGCUUCCAACAGAUGGACGUCCUGGAGGGACUCAACGUCCUCGUCACCAUCUCAGGCAAGAAGAACAAGCUGCGUGUUUACUACCUGUCGUGGCUCAGAAACAGGAUAUUACACAAUGACCCUGAGGUGGAGAAGAAGCAGGGCUGGAUCACUGUCGGAGAGCUGGAGGGCUGCGUCCACUACAAAGUCGUGAAGUACGAGAGGAUUAAAUUCUUGGUGAUCGCUCUGAAGAACUCGGUGGAGAUUUACGCCUGGGCGCCGAAGCCGUACCACAAGUUUAUGGCCUUCAAGUCGUUCACAGAGCUGCAGCAUCGCCCCCUGCUGGUUGACCUGACCGUGGAGGAGGGACAGAGGUUAAAAGUCAUCUACGGCUCCACUGUGGGUUUCCACGUCAUCGAUGUGGACUCUGGCAACCCGUACGACAUCUACAUCCCUUCACAUGUAAGAGUCAUGAAGCGUCUCGGAUUUGAAACAAGCAGCAGAGAGAAGCUCCCGGAGGAAUUGUGGGUUUGUUUGUGAUGCGGGUUUGAAU